AUGGACCAAUUCGCAGAGAAGCUAAUGACGAAGCAAAGCUUAGAGGGCCGACUCCUAUUCGCUGUGCCCAAGAAGGGCCGCUUGAACUCCGCUACGCUGAACCUACUUGAGGGAGCCGACAUCCAGUUCCGCCGCGAGAACCGCCUCGACAUCGCCCUCGUCAAGAACCUCCCCAUCGCCCUCAUCUUCCUGCCCGCCGCCGAUAUCCCCACAUUUGUUGGCGAGGGCCGGGUCGAUCUUGGUAUCACGGGCUGGGACCAGGUCAAGGAGCACGAUGCUGGCAUUAUCAGCAGCAACAAGGCCCAGAGGGCUUCUGUCGAGCUGAACGCCGAUGGCGAGGAGCUCCAGAAAGUUGGAGGCUGCGAGAUGGUCAUGGAGCUCGGCUUCGGCCACUGCAAGCUGCAGACCCAGGUCCCGGAGAAGGGUCCCUAUGUGACGACGCAGGACCUGGUCGGCAAGACCAUCGGCACCAGCUUUGUCAACCUGGCGGCUGAGCACUUUGCCAAGCUGGAGCUGGGCGUCGAUGCCGAUGGCAACAGCAACACCUCGCCGAAGAAGCUUCGCACCAAGAUUAUCGAUCUCAGUGGAAGUGUUGAGGCUGCUUGUGCGUUGGGUGUCGCCGAUGGCAUCGUUGACCUCGUUGAGUCUGGUGAGACCAUGAGAGCCGCCGGCCUCAAGGCCAUUGACACCGUCGUCGACUCCCAAGCCUGCCUCAUCAAGUCCCGGUCGCCGUCAAACAACGAGCUGAUCGAGCUCAUCGCCGCCCGUAUCCGCGGUGUCAUUACCGCUCAGAGAUUUGUCCUGUGCCAAUACAACAUCGAGCGAUCACGUCUGGCCGACGCCAAGCAGAUUACCCCUGGAAAGCGGGCGCCGACCAUCACAACACUGGACGAGGAGGGCUGGGUUGCUGUCAGCUCCAUGGUCGAGAAGAAGAAGAUUGCGCUGGUAAUGGAUGAUUUGACCCGCGUUGGCGCUCAGGACAUUUUAGUGCUCGAUAUCCACAACACUCGAUAG